AUGGGAGCUACGCCCUUCACGGAAGGAAUCUUAAGAGCAAAACUCCCCAAAGGUUUCGACAAACCCACCGACAUGAAGUACGACGGAACCAAAGACCCUCAAGAGCACCUAACGGCCUUCGAGGCCAGAAUGAACUUAGAAGGAGCAACCGACGCAGUCCGGUGCAGAGCCUUCCCAGUAACCCUGGCCGGGCCAGCGAUCAAAUGGUUCAACGCCCUCCCAAACGGAUCCAUAACUAGCUUCCACGACAUCACAAGAAAAUUCAUGGCCCAGUUCACAACCCGAAUCACCAAAGCCAAACACCCUAUCAGCCUGUUAGGGGUCACACAAAGGCAAGAAGAAUCCACAAGAAAAUACCUCGACCGCUUCAACGACGAAUGCCUAACGGUCGACGGACUCACGGACUCCGUUGCCAGCCUCUGCCUAACUAACGGACUCAUGAAUGAAGACUUUCGCAAACAUCUCACCACCAAACCAGUGUGGACCAUGCACGAAAUCCAGAACGUCGCCAAAGAUUACAUCAACGACGAGGAAGUCAGCCAGGUCGUCGCCGCCAACAAACGGCAGCACGCCGCCACCCAACACGGCAACCCGACUCCCCGUCAUAACGCACCACCCAAAGAGAACCAACGAGACCACCUUAAAUCGACCUACAGACCACCAAGAAUAGGAAAAUUUUCCAACUACACCCCCCUAACAACAUCAAUUACUGAGGUAUACCACCAAAUAGCAGACCGAGGCAUCAUCCCCAGAGCCCGACCACUCAAGGAAAGGACAGGAGGAAACAAACCCUCUACUGCGACUAUCACCGCGGAUACGGCCACAAAACACAAGAUUGUUACGAUCUCAAAGACGCUCUUGAGCAAGCUAUACGAGACGGCAAACUCCCCGAGUUCGUCAAAAUCAUCAGAGAACCAAGGCGCGCCGACAGAGACAAAUCACCAGAAAGAGAAGGACGCAACCCAAGAACCCAAAAACCACCCAGGGAAAACACCGAAGAAGAUCCGACCAUCAUAG